AGCUUGGAGAGCUGCAUGCAGCUGAAUCCAAUAAUCAACAUGUCUAGCAAAAGAGCAAAGACAAAGACCGCCAAAAAGCGCCCUCAGCGCGCCACCUCCAAUGUAUUUGCAAUGUUCGAUCAGUCACAAAUUCAGGAAUUCAAAGAGGCAUUUAACAUGAUUGAUCAGAACAGAGAUGGCUUCGUUGACAAAGAAGACUUGCAUGAUAUGCUUGCUUCCCUUGGGAAGAAUCCAACUGAUGAAUACCUAGAUGCCAUGAUGAAUGAGGCUCCAGGCCCUAUAAACUUCACUAUGUUCCUUACAAUGUUUGGAGAGAAGUUAAAUGGCACAGAUCCAGAAGAUGUCAUCAGAAAUGCUUUUGCUUGUUUUGAUGAAGAGGCAACUGGGUUUAUUCAAGAAGAUUACCUGAGAGAGUUGCUGACAACAAUGGGAGACAGGUUUACAGAUGAAGAAGUUGAUGAGCUGUACAGAGAGGCACCAAUAGACAAAAAGGGCAAUUUCAAUUACAUGGAAUUCACGCGCAUCCUUAAACAUGGAGCAAAAGACAAAGACGACUGAACAAAACUCCAGACACCUGCAGCUAGAUAACUUUGUUUUCCACUCAUGUUUAUUUCUCAGGGUAUUUUUCCUGGUAGAAUCUGUUGCAUGCAUUUAGCUUUACAGCUGUUACGUUUCUUCAUGUAUUUAUGGAUUACAGGCCAUUUGGGCAAACUUGCAUCAAUAUAAUCAUACUGGAAAUGGCAGAUCUGUAUUGUAGCAAUACAGAUUUGGUAAUAAAAAAAUCAGUGACUGUGAAGGCCCAGGAAAAAAUCGCCAUGUUUUUAGUUUUAGUUUUUUAUAAUGUCAUUUUGAAAUAAAGAUUGCUAUUUAAGUAAAGUAGCUCAUUAAAAAUUGUUUUACUUGCAGAGAAGGAAAGGUUUCUCCCACCUUAUCUAAAUAAUUUCUCCAAACGAAAGCAGUCAGGACAUCUACUACUGACCUCUGUUUCAGCUCUAAAAUACUAAGCAGUGAUUUUAUGACGGUAACGGACAUUCUUUGUUUAGUCUGUGCUGAUCUUGUAUGUACUGUGAAGUUACAGUUUUAGAUAAUGUAUUGAGAACGUUCCUAUAUUUCAGUUUCUGGUUCAAAGUAAAUGAACAGUUCUGGUUUUAAAAGUCAGAUUUGUCACAAAUUAUGGGACAAAAAAUCCUAAGAAUUGAGGUGAUGCAUCACAAUUUUAACUCCUCCAUUUCUCAAGUGAUUUAUUGGGCCAUUAAUUUUACACAGCUAAUUAGGGUUUUUGUUUGUUUGCUUUUAAAGUAACAUCCUUGCUUUUCUAAAAGAGAAAACUAUUUAAUGGUGAAUGACAGGAGACCUGCUACUUAGGCCUCAGAUACAGUGGGCGCAUCUACACACGACACUACUGUGCAGUGGUUACUGUGCAUUUAUUUAGUACUUGUAUAAGCAAUGUAAAUAAAUGUGCAGUAGCACCAGCGAAUGCCUUUUAAGUGACACUACUGUGCAGUAGCCUAAUACUACUGCACACUAGUGUCUUGGCAUGGCUUUUGCCACACAGUGCUACUGCACAGUCAGCGUCUUGUGUAGACAUGCCCAGUAUCUCUCAGAUACAGAGCUGCAGAACUACCAGAUGUUUUCACUAUUGAUAUAAUUUUCUUUUUUUUUCUUUUUUCUCCUCUUUCCAUUAUCUCAAAACAAAGUGGGUAAGGAACUAAAGGGCAAAAUUCUGUGAUGAAUGAUGUCUUGACAGUAUUUGAGAUUUGAGGUCUUUUUUAAAUAUACUUUCUGCCUCUAACUUGAAACACAUGAAUCUUGCUUUCAUUACAAAACAGUUGUUAGCUUAUUUUUGAAGGAGUGCCUACUCUGGGGAGGACAUACUCUUGGGUGGGGGGACCCAAAAGCUAACCUUAUGGUAAAAAUGACAUGAUUUUCACAGAUUCAUAGCUUUGUUUGUGAUCAUUAAUCUUCUGUAAACAGUAACAAUCUGAAUUUGAGAUGGAAUCUUUGUGGGUCAAAAAUUUAUAUUAAAAGUUCUUCAGAUGCCAACUAAAAAAA